UUUUAUAAAGACUAUGUCUUUUAUCUAACUGUUCUAAGUAGUUUAACUGAACGUUUGGAUUUUGCAGCAGAACAAGACUCGGAGCUGACAUCAGAGGAAGAGCAAGAAAGACUUAAAGGGUGUGAAAAUAAGCAGCCACAGAAAACGUCUCAAGAACCAGAAAUGGCUAAGGAUUGUGAUAGAGAGGAUAUACCUAUAUAUCCAGUACUUCCUCAUGUGCAAAAAUCUGAGGAAAUGUGGAUUGAACAAGGCAAAUUAGAGUGGAAAAACCAAUUAAAACUCAUCAUAAAUGAGUUAAAGCAGAGGUUUGGUGAAAUUUAUGAAAAAUACAAAAUUCCGGCUUGUCCUGAGGAAGAGCCACUACUUGAUAACUCUACAAGAGGAACAGAUGUAAAGGAUAUUCCCUUUAAUUUGACAAAUAACAUACCUGGUUGUGAGGAAGAAGAUGCAUCUGAAAUAUCUGUCUCAGUGGUAUUUGAGACAUUUCCUGAACAAAAAGAACCCAGUCUCAAAAAUAUCAUCCAUCCAUACUAUCAUCCAUACUCUGGGUCCCAAGAACAUGUUUGCCAGUCAUCUUCUAAGCUUCAUUUACAUGAAAAUAAAUUAGACUGUGACAAUGAUAACAAACCAGGCAUUGGACAUAUUUUUAGUACAGAUAAGAACUUUCAUAAUGAUGCAAGCACUAAGAAAGCAAGGAACCCAGAAGUGGUUACGGUUGAAAUGAAAGAAGACCAAGAGUUUGAUUUGCAAAUGACAAAAAAUAUGAACCAAAAUAGUGACAGUGGCAGUACAAAUAACUAUAAAAGCCUGAAACCUAAAUUAGAAAAUCUGAGUUCUUUACCACCAGAUUCUGACAGAACAUCAGAAGUAUAUCUACAUGAAGAAUCACAGCAAGACAUGCAAAAGUUUAAGAAUGAGGUCAAAACAUUAGAAGAAGAGUUCCUGGCUUUGAAGAAAGAAAAUGUUCAACUUCAUAAAGAGGUUGAAGAAGAAAUGGAGAAGCACAGAAGUAAUAGCACAGAAUUAUCAGGAACCCUAACUGAUGGUACUACUGUUGGCAAUGAUGAUGAUGGACUAAAUCAGCAGAUUCCUAGGAAGGAAAAUGGAGAGCAUGACAGGUAAGCCUAUAGCAGUGUUUAACAGGAGACAAUUGGUCAAGCGUGGUGGCUCACGCCUGUAAUCCAGCAAUUUGGGAGGCCAAGGCGGGUGAAU